AAGAUAUGAGAGUAGAAAAACGAGGAUAUAUAACUGAAAAGAGAAAAAGUCGUUAAGAUUUUGGACGUCCAAUUUCUUUUUUCUUUUUUCUUUUUUCUUCCUAUCAUCAUCAAAUCCUAAGAAAACAUCGUUAAUCUGUUGCCGGAGAGAGAAUGGCGUACAGGAGGAAACAAGGAGCGAUGUCACGAUCAUCCACCUUCAAGGAGGAAAAGAACCCCCCACCCGACGACGGAGAAAGGGCCGCCGCCUCCACCCUCGCCGCUCAGGCAAUUGCCACCUCCGCCGCCCACCGCCACUCCACGGGUGGUCCCACGUAUGACUACACGGCCAUGGGAAGCUCGAACGAAACGGGCAGUUUUUGGGGAGUUCUUGCAAGAAAAGCUAAGGCCAUUCUUGAGGAUGAUGACAUUAAAUCACGCCCUCAUCUUCUUCUUUCCCCAAGCCAGAAGAGACUAGACUCUCCCAAAGCUCAUCCUCCUCCUACUCAGGUUUUCAUUUCAAUUUUCUCCAAAUCGUCUGACGUCGAUGAAGAUCAAAUUUGA